AUGCCACUAAUGGCCGCCAAGCCGCAGCUGGACGACGCGAUUGCGUACUUACAAGCCGAGAUCGCCGCCCUGCGCGCUGGCGAGCGGGACGACAAGCUCGUGACAUUGGCUGUUGCUGCAGCAGCAGGCGAUCUGUCGCUUCCCGAGCCGCAAUUCGCCCCUCUCUUGUCGCUCUGGACGCCCAAAGGCAGUUCGUUCCCGUCCGACUUGGGGGCGCUCGUGGACGAGUACGAAGCUGCUCGACGAGUGGAAGAAACUGAAGAUAAACAGGAGCGACGGGAGAGCUAUGGCAAGCGACACGUGGAGUCGGCGCUCGAGCACGUGAGAGGGCAGAGGAGACGUCCGAGGACGAGACCGCGAAGGCGGUUCGAAGAUAUCGAAGAACGAGACACUCGACAGGAUGUCGGGGAUGGGCUACCGGUGGUAUCUCCUCGAGACGAUACUGGAGCUACUGUUGGUGCUGCUGCUGCUGCUGGAGAAGGAGGUGCUGUUGGCGCUGCCAAAAAGGGUGAGGAGGGAGGAAAGAUUGAGGAGGAGGUCAAGAUGGGUGAGGACGUGGACGAGCAGGAGAAGAUGAAGCGGGAAAAAGAGAAGAGGGGGCAAGAGAAGACGAAAGAGGUGGAGGAGGUGAAGGAGGUGAAGGAGGAGGUGGAGAGAAAUGUGGAGGUGAAAGAGAGGAACGAUGUGACGGCGAAGGAGGUCGCAAAGGAAGAAGUGGAGGAGAAAAGGACAGUGGAGGAGGAUGGGAGGGAGGUUGAGCAGCAAGAGAGGGAAAAUGGGAAGGAGAAGAAGGAGGAGACAGGGGAGAAGCAUGUGGAAGAGGUCGAGAAGCUAGAGGAGGUAAAAGACGAGAAGGAGGAGGAGAGGGAGGAGGAGGAGGCGAAGGAGGAGACAAACGAACGGGAAGAGAGGGCGACGGAGCUGGAGGUGGUGGUUGAGGAUGCGGAGGAGAAAUCAAAGAAGGAGGAGAUGGAGGAUGUAAAAGCUGAAGAGAUGAAUGAUGUGGUGAUGAAAGAGGGGCAAGAGAACGAGGUAGAGAAGACAGUGGCGGAGGACGGCAAAUCGAUGGAGGAGCAGAAACUGGCGGAGGAUGAAAAGUCGAUGGAGGAGAAGAAAGUGAUGGGUGAGGAAAAGGUUUUGGUGGAGGAGGAGAAGGGGGAGGAGGAGACAGAGGGGGAGAAGAAGGUUGUUGUGGUUGAAGAAGAGGAAAGUAGCGCAAAAGAGCAAAUUGUGGUUGACGAGAGGAAGUCGAAAAAGGAGGAGGCAGAGGCUGCGUUGGCGAGCUUAAAGGUGCUGCGGCGGAAUAUGCUGCUGGACGUGCUGUCGAAGAUUGUGUCGGUGGCCAAGAGCAAGGACGUGGAUCCCGCCAUGUUUACGAAGAAAGUUGGUGACGAUCAGAUGGGCGUGACGCACCAGGUGGAUUUAGAGAAGAUCCAGGCGUUCGUAGCAAGUGGCGUGAUCUGUGAGUGGGCGCAGUUUGCAGAGCAAGUGUAUCUUUUCUGUCAGCACGUCGUGACGGACGCUGAGCGCCAUGAGCGGCUUGAAGCAAGGAGAAAGGGCGUUGAGCUGCUGCAUUUUGCGAGGACGCUGACGGAGACGCUGCGUAAAGCCAGCAUCAAGAAAGAGGACGUUUUGCUGCAAAAGAUACGCGAAGCAGAAGAAGAGGCUACGGCUCGUAAGGAGAGAGACGAAGUCGCUUGCAAGAAAGAAGCAAAACACACCCACAAAGCUGAAGAGGCUGUAUCAGGCGAAACCAGUCAUCGAGCUGUGGAAGAUACUACUGACAUGAACGACUCGGAUGGCAAGACACUUGCUGGUGAAUUCCUCGAUCUACGUCUGCUUUCGCCCACGCGCGCAUCAACUCGGAUUCGGAAGCGCACGAGUGUCACGAGCGAUGGCCCUGGCUCUGCGGCCCCCUCUCCUUCCUCGCAGAAAACGCGGAAACGAAUACGAGGUGCAUCCGUUUCUGCAGCCUCCGCAAGCGAAGAAGUGAGUGCGUCAGAAAGCCACGAUGCGUCGGCUUCUGAAGCAGACCCGAAGUCACGUCGACCUCACAAUACGUCCAAGACUCCUGCAAGGCGUACACCAGCACGCAGGCGCCGACCGUUAAUGCCAGCAACACGAAUCAGCUCACGUCAGCAAAAACGGCGGGCAGUUGCUGCGGCAGCUGCAGCUGCUGCAACUAGCGCAACUAGCGCUGGUAGUGGUAACGAAGAGGGGAACAGCGGUGGUGAGGCUCUGUCCUUGGUUCUGGAAAGAGAAGGCAACGAUGCUGCUGUGGAGCAAAAUGCUGAAGAGAUGAAGAUAGAAGGUGAUGUUGAGCAGAAGCAGGAUGAGGAGGAACCGAGCACACCGAAGAAGAAGAACACCGCGCCACGAUCGAGGGGCAGAAAGAAGGGCGGACGAAAGCGAUGA